UUUAAGAGGUUUACCCAUGACCCGACUCGUGCCCCAUUAUUGAACCCGGGUCAAACAUUACAAGGGACUGUUUGGCUGUAAAAUUUGGGAUGCGAAAGCAACUCCUCUCCUCAACAGAAGCGUAGGAUCGGAGCUAUGAUGCGAAAGCAAGUCCUCUCCUUAACGGAAGCGGCGGCUUCUAGAAUACGCCGCCUCUUAGACCAGCGCCAGCGCUCUUUCCUCAAGCUCGGCGUCAAGGCUCGCGGCUGCAAUGGUUUAUCCUACACCCUUAAUUAUGCCGACGAAAAAGGGAAGUUUGAUGAGUUGGUUGAGGACAAAGGCGUAAAGAUAUUGAUCGACCCAAAAGCCCUGAUGCAUGUGAUAGGAACUAAGAUGGACUUUGUUGACGACAAACUGAGAUCCGAGUUUCUUUUCAUAAAUCCGAACUCUAAAGGGCAGUGCGGCUGUGGAGAAUCCUUUUUGACCGCGAGCAAAUCAGACGCAGCGAAGAGCAGUGGUAGCUCAUGAAUAUAUACAAGUCUUGUUUUGGAUCUGCAAUUCUUCUACAGAUACAUAUAUUAGAGAAGGAAUUGCAUAUACAGGAGAAGCUUAUUUUGGAGCAAGGGCUGAGAAAUUCUUGUGAAUCACAAUUUAUUUUAGAAUUAUAGUGACAUUGAUUGUAUCUUUUGUGCUUUAAUGAUGUAUAUUACUCAAUAUCAAUAAGCUGUAUCGAGAUAUUCACAUGGGAAAUAAAUAAAUCGAUUUGCAGAUCUUAA